GAUGGGCGUGCGGGGGACAGACAGACACUGACAGAGAGAUUUCGCUGCCCAUUGCCGGUGGGAGCCCUCGGGAGCUGGUGGACAAGGAAUUUGUUACAUUUAAUUCCUUUCUUCUUCGCCAAACACACAUUAACCCUCUCAUAAAUAUUAACGCCCCCUCGGGCACCUGGCUUCAGCCCCCACCCCAACUCCUCCAUUCAUCCUACUCACUGCAGCCUGUUCUGGCAGCAGCCCCCCCGCCCUCAAUGGGAGAGGAGAUCUCUGUGCCAGCCCCUGCCGUGCUGCCCCCAGCCUAUCACACCUCCCCCCCUCCCAGUGCGUGGGCUGGGCGCGGCUUGCCAGGCCAGUCUCUCGCUGCGCUUGCAGAGGCACAUUGGCAGCAGGCACCCGUUGUGCCCCAACCCCAAAGAGAGCUCCCCACCGAUUCCCCGCCAUGCAGCGAGCCACCAUGCUCCUGCUCUGCCUGGCUCUCCUGGCCCACCAGGAGGCAGAUGGGGAUGCCCAGCUACCCCAGGACUUUCCCCUGAAACACUCGUACCAGCCGCAGGAGAAACAACUGCUGGAGGAGCUGCAGGACGUGCUGGAGAAACUGCAGAGCAAGAGGAUUUCCACCUGGGAGAAGAAAUAUAACCAAGUCCCCAAGGUAGCGUCCAGGGCUGAUCCGGCCCCUUCUGAUUCUGUGGCUAAAGGAUCCAUGUGUGUAGCUAACGCCCCAGUUGGGCUCGCCCAGCACCCAGCAGCUCUGUGCUUCCAUUUCUCCGCCCACCCAGCGGAGUUUGCUGCUAGUCCCUGUUCCAGGCGCAGGCCCAGGGCAGUCCCUGGCCGGGGGGACCCAGCCGUGCUCCCUGGGGAUCGGUCAGUGACCAGCCGCACGCCAGCACAAGGGUUUGCUUGAGCAGCCUAGGUGCAGGGUGGGUGUGGUCGGGGGCCAGCCCCGGGCCCAGCAGAGCUAGAUAGGAGCAUUUUGGAGCCAUUCGAGUGAUGGGGAAAGGUUAAGUCUUUGCCUUCCCCCUCGUUCCAAAGCCACCCCCCAUCGAUUUCCAUGUGCAUACGGGGGCCCCAACGGGCCAGCUGGCCCAGCGUCCUGCCUCUGACGGGCUGGUGCCAGGUGCUUCACAGGGAAGGAAGAGAACAGAGUGAUUAUGGAGUGAUCCAUCCCGUCGUCCAGUCCCAGCUUCUGGCAGUUGGAGGUUUAGGGAUGCCCCGGCCAUGGGGCUGCAUCCCUGCCCAUCUUGGUGAACAGCCACUGAUGGACCCACCCCCGUGAAUUCUUCUUUGACCCCAGCCAUACUUUGGGGCUUCACAACAUCCCCUGGUGCCUUCUUAGCUUUGUUUCAAACCCGCUGCCCAGUGAUUUGGCUGGGUGACACCUGGGCCGUGUGUUACAUGAAGGGGUAAAUAACACUUCCCGUGUCACGUUCCCUUCAAACCAGUCGUGACUGCAGCCCUCUGUGCUCUCCCCCUCUCGGCUCCUUUCCAAGCUGAACAGCCCCAGGCUGUUCAAUCUCUCCGUGUACGGAAG